AGUUGAGGGUACAAUGGUGCGUGUAUACAGAUAUAAGGAAAACGCAGUCGUCCCCGUUAUCUCUCGAAGAGCUAGAUUACGGCCUCACGUCAACGUCGCUCCCUCCCAAAGGGCCCUGUAUACGUCUUUCGAGCAGUGAGUCUCGCCAUUCCGGGAGCUUCCAUGAACGAGCCUUUUAGCCUGUCUUGCACAGGUGUAAACCCAGCCCUGCCAUGCCGGAACUGAGCAAGGCAAGGCAGCUCCGACUUCAUGGUGGCGUCGACGGCGUCAACUGGCGCCCGACGCGGUUCGUCGCGGCCAAUCUGCAUCCGUACGCGUGUUCUCUGUGCGGGGUGAUAUCUGGGAAGACGCUGUUGCUGCCUUGUGCGCACUCGUUGUGCGAGACGUGCAAAAGUGGCAGCGCCGACAGUGGUACCUCGGCCGCCUGUCCGCUGGAUCGCGAGGCCUUUGACGAAGACGACUGCACCAGGAUUGCGUUGCCCGCGAAGAAGAUCAACGCUCUCAGGGCUCACUGCUGGAAUGAAGGCAUGGGUUGCCCGUUCGUGGACACUCUGCCAGCUGUACUGCGACAUUACGAGGAACAGUGCACCUUCCACUCAGUGCAGUGCCCGAGGUGUAGUGCGAGUGUUCAGCAUGUGGCACUAGCGGCUCACUACACGACCGGAUGCCACGACAGUACGAAAGGUCCGAGCCAAGACGAGAUGCCACAAGCUGACAGAAGCUUAGGGGCUCUAGACGUCAACGCUGCUUUCGAGGAAUUUAGAGCCCUAUUGAAGAAUGCGUGCCAGGAUCAGUUUCCGACUAUAGGGAUAAAGAUGAACGAGAUCACCGAGCAAGUGGCGAACCACGGCGCGCUGCUACAGCAAAUUGUCCGAACACUGACAAACACGCAAGCGACUCUGAGCUGUGGACAGACGAGGGUUGCAGAACUUUCAACAAUUAUUCACGAACUACAGAGCCGGCUCGAUGCCUUGAAUUCUCGAUGCGAGGGAAACUCUGCAGAAAAUACGGGGAGGUGGACUCACGCGUACCUUGGCACAUGGAGAAAAAGCACAUUCUGCGGAAACUGGAAAUUGUAGCAGGCGAAAUGCUCGUUCGUCUGGGAGAUCUGCGUGAGGCAUCCGUUCCGUACGGGGAAUGUCCCGUCGCUAGGUGUUAUCCCGACCGUCCCUCGUUUUGCAAGGGCAGAGCUAAUGAUACCUCCUGCUUCUCGUUCAUUGAGAGACCACGAGAGCACAUUUUUCAUCGAAUUAAUCUUAAACACGAUUUUGAUAGUCGUAGCUUCAAGCAAGCCCUACGUGGUAAAGUGCUUGAAGUGAUUCUGUGGCACUUGAAGGACGUGUACUUCACUGUUGCUAUCUACGUGAGGGAAGCUGACGACACAUUGGAAGUCCGGUUGAGAUUGGCUGGAACUCUCGAAACAUCUUCGCUGGAGUCCGACAUCUUAAGUGUGUUCCUGUGGGAUAAAGACCGUAAGAUGAAUUGCCUCUUAACGAAGACAGAUGAGGCUGCCUUUUCAGCUGACCCUACGGCAUGGCAACACGUAUUUUGGCAUAGCUAUUCAGACCUCAAGAAGCGGGGCUUCUUUAAUGGUGGGGAGCUGGAUUUUAUUCUGGAUGUGCUUGGCUAGCCGAUAUUCACAAUUGCAGGCAUGCACAGAUGCACAUCGUGACUCGCUUAUAUAUUUUUAAUUGGUGAUUCCUAAUAAAGUAUCUUGCGGCACCUGUUUUCAAUGUGUUCUGUUUUAUUUUUCUUUCCUGGGUACCUCUCAGAAUAAUUCAUGUACAUAUUAUACUAAAACUCUCCGCUAAUCGCAAUUAACUGUAUAGAAUUAUGAGGGGGAGACAGCUUUUCACAUUUGUCUGAAGCCAAAGCGGUACCUUGUGUUCCAUGGCAAUUACUAUUUGUAGCAGCGACAAACUUUGAAUUUCUUUCUUUAUACACCAACAUUCCUUUUUUUUCUCAUUUCUUUGCCAAAUGAAAUGAAAACUUUAUAUUGUUGUGACUUAGAAGACAUCGACACUGUUUAAGGUCUGCCUUUUAAAAUCAGCAAUGUGUGCUUUCGUGUGUUUUUAUUUUUUAACUGUAAGCAUUUUUGAAAUUAGAGGUUCUCAUCAAAACACUUUAUGAAAGUGAUGGUGGCGAUGACCAUAGCCGUGCGCGAUGUUUCGGGCACAUAUUAAGGAUAGCUACCCCACGGGAGUUCUUACCGGACAAAUUCAGGCAGGAAUCUGUGAGAGUAUGCUCGCAUGC